AUGGCCGAAGCAGCGGGUGUCCUCUACGCGGUCGAACAUCUUGUCGAAGGCGGCCUCGCAUUAGCAAAAGGCAUCUACGACCCAACUCUACCUCUCAAAGCAACCACCAGACCUAUCAACGAUGUGAAGCUGCCGCGAGUAUAUCACAGUGUCUCCGAAGUCAAGGGCAGAGCAUAUGUGUUUGGCGGAAAGACAGAUGAAGAUCAGCUGGCCGAUAAUGCCAUGCAUAUGAUCAUUUUACCUUCUUCAGGUAUCGAAAGUACUGACUAUCAGCGCUUGGGACCAACUUCUGAAUCGCCACCUGCGAGAUAUGGUCACAGUUCCGCCGUCAUCGACGAUCAGAUCUAUGUCUUUGGAGGCUCGGGCGCCCAAGGACCUCUGGAGGAGAAAGGCAGGGUUUGGGUAUUUGAUACAGAUACAAACUCAUGGUCCAGUCUCGAUGCCGCUGUGGGAGAUGUUCCGAAAUCGAGAAUGUGGGCAGCUGCUGCUGCGAGUUCUGAGCCAAAGCCUGAGCAUCGGAGGACAGAUGAUAAUGUGGCACCGCAAUACCCUCUGGAUCCGGCGAAGAUGGUGCCUGAGCCGCUAAGUCCGAGUGUCUAUGGCACUUUUGUCGUGUACGGAGGAACCGUUGACAAUGAAGCAAGCUCAUCCCCUGAGCUCUGGGCCUUCGACAUAGCAUCAAGAACCUGGAAUCAACUCCCCUCGCCUCCAGCACCGACAGGCUCCCCUAGCAUAACCUUCCACAACAACCGCCUCUACGCCGUCUCAGGGACCUCGACUCACUAUAUCGAUCUCUCCUUCUCAGGCUGCUCCUACACCGAUAAACCCACCACAGGUCCUACAACAUUAAGCCCCUGGUCAUCCCUCCCUCUCUCGGCCCCAGACCUUCAGAUUCCAACCUCUUCCUCCUCCGCAACAUCCCUCCUGCCUAUAACAACAGGCCAAGGGCGCAAUUACCUCCUCCACAUCACCCCGUCUUGCCUCACGACCUUACAACUCACAUCUUCAGCAACAACAGCAGCAAGUCUAAAAGACCGCGCUCGAGAUGCUAUAAGUAAGAAGAAUGCCACUCAUGAAUGGGCGGAAGUAAGGUACUAUAACAACGAGGGCGUUUUGAUUCAGGAAGGACAAAAAGAAAGAGGUGUAGGUGGCAGAGAAGGAUUUUCGGCUACAAAAGUCAAGGAGAUCGAUGGAGGUUGCGUUUUUAUCUGGGGAGGUGUUGUGGAUGGAAAGGUUAAGGGUGACGGAUUGUUGAUUGAGGUUGGAAAGUGA